AUGAAGCUCUCCGCCGUUACCGAUGGCAUAGCGGUUUUGUCCUUGUCUAACCUUGGCUUAGCACUCACGAUAGCUGAGAUCAAUGGCAACAGGUUCCUUUCACCGUAUGCUGGACAGGCGGUUUCGAACGUAACUGGUCUUGUCACUGCAAAGAGUCCUGCCGGCAUAUAUAUCCGGUCAACCACACCGGACAACGAUGUCGCCACUUCAGAAUCACUCCACGUAUUUAGCAGCACCAUAGGACGGAAUUUGUCAGUUGGCGACAUUGUCAAUCUCGGCGGCGUCAUUACAGAAUACCGUCCGGUGGCGAAUCCGACGUACAUGCUUCUGACCGAGCUCACCAGCCCGCGUAACGUGACCAAGCUGUCUUCGGGGACCACAGUCGCUCCUUUAGUGAUUGGCAAGGAUACUGGCUCACCACCGACUCAGCAGUACUCUGGGCUUGACAACGGAGAUAUCUUUGGAGUGCCCAACAAUUCUAGUCAAAUCUCCAUUGCGAACCCUUUGUUAAGACCUGGUGAUUUUGGUCUGGACUUCUGGGAGAGCUUGUCAGGAGAGCUCGUGACCGUGAAAGGCGUGAAAGCCAUCAGUAAACCGAAUAAUUUUGGUGACACUUGGGUCACUGGCGAUUGGAAAGUAUCAGGCAGGAAUUCUAGAGGCGGACUGACGAUGACGAACAAAGACGGGAAUCCUGAGGCCAUUAUUAUAGGCACUCCUCUUGAUGGGACAAACAAUUCUGCCGGCACUAAGCUUGGUGAUUCUCUCCAGGAUAUCACCGGUGUCAUUACUUAUGCCUUCGGCUUUUAUCGCAUCCUGCCAUUAACUGGCAUUGUCGUCACCAGCUCUGCUGCUCCCACUCUUCCAUCCUCUACGACCUUGACUUCUGGCAAGACUUGUAAGGAUCUGACCUUCGGAUCGUACAAUGUUGAGAACCUUACGCCAACAAAGUCAAUUCUGCCUGCAAUCGCUUCUCACAUCGCCAACGUCAUGAAAUCUCCAUCACUCGUCUUUCUCCAAGAGAUACAAGACAACAAUGGAGCAACCAAUGAUGCCAUUGUUGAUGCAAACUUGACCCUCGCCAGCCUCGCUUCUGCUAUCAAUAGCAUCUCAGGCGUCAGUUACUCUUAUGUCGACAUUGACCCAGUAGACGACCAAGACGGUGGCGAGCCCGGUGGCAAUAUUCGUACCGCAUACUUAUACGACCCAGCAGUCCUCCGCCUCCGCAAAGUGAACCCUGGAAGCUCAACAGACGCGAACGAAGUCCUUGCCGGUCCAGAGCUCAAGUACAACCCCGGCCGCAUCGACCCUACAAACCCAGCCUGGCAAGCAUCUCGCAAACCCCUGGCUGCGGCAUGGGAAACUCUCGACGGGCGCAAUAAGCGGCUCAUCUUCUAUUCUAUCGAAGGCGACUCGCGGCCACCAAUCAAUGGCGUCCUUGACGUGCGCACACAACAAGCAAAUAUCACCGCGACAUUCAUUCGCCAAAUACUCUCCAAGGAUCCUACGUCCUCGAUCGUUACCGCGGGCGACUUUAACGAAUUCGUCUUCGCAAACCCACUGAAAGUGUUUCAGCAGCAGUCGUCCAUGCAAGACUUGGAUGAAAUCGCCGGUUUGGUGCCUGAGGAGCGGUAUACGUAUCUCUUUGAUAUGAAUUGCCAGCAACUGGAUCAUAUAUUCGUGAGCCCGGCGCUGGCUGCAAAGAAGUAUCUUGGACGUGUUAAAUAUGAGCACAUCCAUAUCAACACAUGGGAGAAGAGAGAUGCGCAAAUCAGUGACCAUGACCCGAGUGUGGCCAAAUUAGAUGUAUGUAGGCUGUUCUAG